AUGCCACCAGCAUCACGGAGGAAAAUCCCUUCGGACGAACUUCGGAUGUGGGCCAGAGCCCCGAAGAACAGUGUGGUGGAUCCACUAAAAACCCCCGUAACUGGAUCCGGAAGUACCGUACACGUGUUGGGUAGCAUCCUGACGACCGGCUUCCUUCUUGCGCGCAAGGGCAAGGCCCCUGCGCAAGGGGCGGGUCUCAAUCCAGGGUCGUUCCGGCGCACUAGGCCGUACUGGAGCGGAGUAUGGGCAGAGAUUGGUGGUGAGGGCCAAGAUGCACCAUCUCACUUACUGCACUUGAAAGUGUUGAAGAGUAGAGUGGAUAGGGGUAAAGGAUAUAAUGGCCCAAGGAGGCACUGUCACCGAGAAAAAGUCCCCUUCAUCGCAAAGUCCAGCCAGCAGAUCUCUCAAAUGAGGGCGCUAGCAACCUUAAAGAGCCUGCUGGGGGUCUUUGCUGAUGUUGAUGAAGCUAGUCACACAAUGGGCCGCCCUGCACUGAAAUCGGGGUGCAAACCUUGUGCAAGGCCCGGGCAAGAAUGGCCGAGAGAAACGCUAUCGGAGAUGGGGGGAUGGGAGGCAGAGGUCGUCCAGACCAGUCAAGAUCGGGAGUGUGUGGCAUCUGCGACUCACAUCACUCAAUUCAGGUUGAAUGAUCCAGGAUGGUCUGAGAGACGCAUUUGCGCUGAGUGA